AUGACCAAGGUUGAUCGAGCUCACUAUGCUCCAUCACGGCCGUAUUCGGACUCGCCUCAACCCAUUGGAUAUGGGGCCACCAUAUCAGCACCACACAUGCACGGUCAUGCAUGUGAGUAUCUGAUUAAUUACCUCAAACCAGGUGCUAGAGUGUUGGAUAUUGGAUCUGGUUCAGGAUACUUGACCCAUGUCCUGGCCAAUUUAGUGACUAGUUCAUCCGCCGACGCCCAGGGACAGGUGAUUGGCAUUGACCAUAUCCCUGAGCUGACAGAGCUGGCUCGUACCAACAUGGACAAGUCCAAACAAGGCAGUGAGUUCCAAGCAUCCACAACGGUCAAGUUUAUCACUGGCGAUGGACGGCUUGGAUGGAAAGAAGGUGCACCGUACGACGCCAUCCACGUUGGCGCCGCGGCCGACAAGCUUCAUCCAACUCUGGUGGAUCAGUUGCGUGCUCCUGGGAGACUCUUUAUCCCGGUAGAAUCAGAAGACGACGAGAGUGCUAUUGAUAGUCUCAAUGGGGGUCAAUACAUCUGGGUGGUGGAUAAAAAGGAAGACGGAUCCAUUCACGAGGAAAAGGUUUUCCAAGUCAGCUACGUGCCCUUGACGGAUGCUCCACGAGGAUGA